AUGGCUAUGGACCUGGAUUGGAAUGACCCGAUGGCCAUGUUUGGUGGUGGCUUUCCUGCAGAAGCGCAGCAACAGCAACAGUCGCAUGACGAAGUAGCAGAUGAUGACAACGACGACGAUUUCUAUGGCGAACAGACUCAACAGGACACCUCCAUGGGUGGUAUGCAACAGCAACAGCAACAGCAACAGCCAACCGCACAAGGAGGUGCGCAGCCAGGUGCUUCUGACUUUGCCGACCAGAGCAGAACAGCAGUACCCGCUCAGCAUGUUCCGACACCAGCACCACCGCCAGCCGCUGCAACACUGUCACCCAAGCAAAAGGCCGACAACGAGCGACAGCUGCAGUUGCUAAAGGCGAAGCUUCUCGCCAAGCGGCAGAACACGCCUUCUCGCCCUGCCUCGACCACGGCACAGGUUGGCACUCCCACACCUGCACUCCCACCGCCCCAGCUUCAUACAGCUCCACCAGCUGCUGCGACCAAUGUGACUGAGACAAAGGAAGAGGAAGAGGGGAAGAUUUCAGAUGGCGUGAAUGGCAUCGACGCGUUGCUUGACCAGGGCAAAGCCAUGGCAGAGGCCCGCAGUGCUGCUGAACUGGCCAGUGCCAGCGCGCCUGCACACUCGACACCCAAUGGUUUCGCGAGUCAGCAUCGCAGCAGCGUCCAGCAGGACAAGCAACCAGUACCGCAACCUCGACCAACACCCCAAGUCGCCCAAACCCCGCAACGUUCUACUAACCUUUCAGAUGAGUACUAUGCUGAUCUCCCAGCUUGGCUGGAGAUGACAGGAUACCACGACGUCGCUUUCCGCAACUCCAAGUUAUCGGUUAACAAGCAGCGCCGUGAACUGGAGCGCCAGGCAGCAGAGAUCGCGGAGCAGAUUGAGAGGAUCAAACAGAAGGAGCAGGAGACUAUCAUGGAGCUAAGGGCCAGCAGCACACCCAUCACCACUAACAUGGCUGCACCGCCACUUCCUAAGACGAUGCCCACUCCACAGGCCAAUGGCACUAAGCGUGGACGUUCGCCGGAUCUGUUCGGCUCAGAGAAGGCACGUCGGCAGGAGAACGGUGGCUUCCGCAUCAGAGGUGCCAACGAGUCAUCGACCGACGCUCGUCCAUCUGAGCGACGUUUCUCACGCAGCCCGCCUGGUCUUGAUCGUCGCAUCAGCUACCCAGACGGUCGCCGCCGCUCGACAGAGGGCAAGAGUCGCGACCCUUCCCUUGAGCGCCGUCAGUCGUACUACCGCCGUGACGACGAAGCAGCACCACCAACACCUCGCUACAACGACCACUGGGCACCACAGUCCCCACGCGAUGGUCCACGUCCGAGUCCACGGUACCCUGCUGGACCAGGUAGGCAAAACUCAUACACUCGAGCUCCACAGUACAGCGGCAGUGCAAGCUUGAACAAUCGUAAGGGAGGUCAGGCGAACGGUCGUCCAAAGCCGAAGUAG